AUGUACGGUAUACCGCUGAUUGUCGGACUAUUUGGGGUUGUAUGGUUCUUCUGGGCCUGGGUAAACCUCUACUUGAACUUGUUUUGCCCACCACCGUGGGUCUUUCCCUCUGCCCAGGACCCCGCCACUGAUCCCUUUUAUGUCCCUCCUGCUGGGUUCGAGGAAGUGAGACCAGGAACUAUCCUUCGCAAUCGCAAGGUAACUACAUCGUUUUUCGGUAUCUCCCCCAGCCAGGUCCGCGCAUUUCAACUCUUGUAUCGCACCACUGCAGUCGAUGGCUCUGCUAUUGCCACCGUCACGACGAUAUUCAGGCCUUUCGUGACCUUCAAUGACCGAUUUAUCUCUUUUCACACUGCGUACGACAGCGCUUCGGUCAGCUGCAACCCCAGCUACCAGUACCAGCUUGGCGUUCCACAAACCGACUUGAUAUCUUCACUCGAGAUGCUAUUCAUACAGCGACACGUCGCUCAGGGUUAUAUAGUUGCAUCGCCUGAUUAUGAAGGCCCAGAUGCUGCGCUGGCCGCCGGACGUGUGGCAGGGAUGUCGGUGUUGGAUGGAAUGCGGGCUGUUAUUAAUUUCCAAGAAGGACUGCGUAUAUCCGGCGGUAACCUUGCGACUGUCGGUGUCGGGUAUUCUGUGGGUGCAAUAGCAACAGGAUGGGCUGCCUCUCUUCAGUCGUCAUAUGCUCCAGAAUUGAAUAUCAAGGGGUGGGCACUAGGGGGCACUCCGGUAAACCUCUCUGGGACGUUCCAUCAGCUCGAUAACAGCACGUUUAGUGGAUUCCUCCCAGCGGCAAUUGAUGGGUUGUGUAAGCCCAGCGCAUAUGGUGUACAACUGCAGCCUGUGAUUGAUGGAAUUAUCACCAGUGAAGGCCGAGAGCUUCUGGACUACGCAAACUCCCACUGUGUUAUUGCGGACUUGGGCAAUUUCCAUCACAAGUCCAUGUUCUCACCAGAUAUCCAGAGACUUGGGCCUGAUCUCCUGCAGCACCCCACCAUUGCAUCUGUCCUCAAACACAAUCGACUCGGUGUAAAUCAAAACGAGGUACCGAUUGCUCCGGUGUUCGUCUACCACGGUCUGCAAGACGAGAUCAUCCCUUAUGCUGAUGUACCAGCAAUGGUCGAUUUCUGGUGUUCAAACGGAGCUACUGUGGUGUUCACAACGUUCAGUGAUGACGGCCACGCGAGGGCCCUCCUUGCCAGCAUAAUGCAGACCUCAGACUUCAUUCAAAAUGCAUUUGCAGAGACACUUCCAGAGGGCUGUUCGCGGAAUACAAUCCCAUCGACCCCCAAGUGCGCCACGCCAGUAGUCAAAACAUCUGGGCAAGGCGAGCUGCGGAAGCGACGACCAGUUCCAGUAGCAGACACCAAUAGAUAG